AUGGAUUUCUUGAAACAAAGGUCCCUAUGGGCCCUGUUUCUAAUAUUCGGGCUGGCUACUGCCCACGGCGGGCAUGAAAAUGUUCCAGAGGGAGAGUCUAUCUCCUUGGAUCCAAUUGACUCGACUCUCUGGAUUCACAUGAUUUUAAUGGGGUUUGCUUUUGGUAUCGUGUUCCCUCUAGGAAUGGUUCUUGGUAUUGUUCGCUCCCGCUGGCACGUCCCUGUUCAAAUAGUCGGAACUGUCGUCGCUGUUCUCGCCUACUUCCUCGGUCAUGCGCAUAAGGGUCGCCAGUUCGGCAAGAAUGUUCACCACUCCUUCGCAAAUUGGUUGAUGCUCAUGCUUGUCGUUCAAGUCGCACUGGGCGUCUACCUGAAACUACACUUGGUAAAGGCCGGACAGGGUCGAGUUCGAUGGAUCUUUGUCCUUGCACACGGUAUCGUCGGAAAGGUCAUGCCUGUCGUUAGUUGGGCGCAGAUGGUCUUCGGCGGUAUCGCAGCAAUGGGCUUCUGUCAGGAUGAUCAUCUAGGACAGUGUCUGGCGCAUUUCAUUAUGGGAUCUGCGUUCAUCGGAUACGGUAUCUGCUUGACUAUUCUCUUAUUGGUGGGUCAGUUCUGGCUCCGCCGGACAGGCCGGAGCCAGGAGUUCUUCGACAGUUUGAUCAUUGCUGCUUGGGGCUGUGUGAAUACUUUCACUGAACAUCGGUGGGGUCAGGAAUGGGCACACAAUGAUCUGCAACAUACGACUAUGGGUGUUGUUUGGUGGUGUGCUGGACUUUUGGGCAUGUGGUUGAGUCGCAGCCGCAAUGGCCGUCCUAAGCGGAACCUUAUUCCGGCGCUUGUGAUUUUGAUUACUGGGUAUGCUAUGUCGGCUCAUGCGCAGAGCUUGAUGAUUAGUACUAUGAUUCAUAGCAUCUUUGGAUAUACUUUGAUGGCUGCGGGUGCUACUCGUAUCAUUGAGAUCUCGUUCGUGCUGGCGGAUAAGCCUGCUGUUAGCAUGACCGGUGUGGAGCCGAACAGUUUCCAACAUUUGCCGCCAUUCUUGUUGUAUGCAUCUGGAUUCUUGUUCAUGGGUGCCACCGAGGAGCAGAUGCUUCUCCUCCACAACGCAGGCAUUACUCACGUCUCUUACGUGCUGAUCCUAUACAGCGUUGCCUUUAUCAUGUACCUCUUUUCGUUAGUUGUCAAUGUGCUCGUCCACAUUUACGCUACCCAUGCCUGGCCCGAGGGUCAGGAGGAAGAGGAAGGCCAAGAGGCCCACAAGUACGCCAACGUUAACGGCGGCACUUAUAUGAAUGGCAAUGGCAACGGCCAUGUUCGAUCCCGCGCCGAGGCCCAGCGCAUUGAAGACGCCGAGGCCUUUGAGCUGCAUGGUCUCAUCGAUGAGGAUGACGAAGAAGAAGCGACGACCCCUACGGGUCCUAAAAAGAUGACCAACGAAGAGUCGGCACACUAA